CCAGAGACGAAGGACACAGUGUCACCGUGUGUGUGUGAAGGAGCAGAGCCUGAGGAGCAGGAGAAGCAGCAGCAGCAGCCGGAGGAGGACACCAUGUUCUCCGUGUCCACUGUGGUGCAACCGCAGGUUACUGUUCCACUGAGCCACCUCAUCAAUGCCUUCCACUCCCUGAAGAGUCCCAAGGGGACCUCCAGCAGACAGCAGAAGGAGCCUGUUCUGGAGAGUGACCUUCCAAGCUGUGAGCCCACUCUGAACCUCAAAGACCUGGGCCUAGCAGACCUCAAGGAGGAUAGAUUGCAUGACCUUGUGGACCAGCUACUGCCCGGUUUGGUCCUGUCCAGAGAGUCCUCUGGCCCUUCUCCAUCCCCCCGGAACACUGGCUGGAGGAUCUCCCAUAUCUCCACAGACUCCUUUUUUCACAACAAGCAUGGGUUCUCUGGUGCACCAGGGGGUGUUUUGGCCUCUCUUGGUCUCUGCAGACAAAGUCCCACACCUCUCCAGAUGGUGUCUACAGGAUUUCACCACUGGCCGGUUUGCAUCCAAAGUCGAGGGUUUAAGACAUUGAAGUCUAAAACCAAGCGCCUGCAGUCUGGCUACGAACGUGCUGCGGACACAGAGAGCUUCACUCCAUCCUUCAUGAAGGGUAUCCUCAUGAGGGACAAAGGGCUGGAUGUGGACAGUCUGGACAAGCUGCUGAAGAGCAAGAACGUCCCUGAAGCCCACCAUGAUGCCUUCAAGACAGGGUUUGCAGAGGGAUUCCUGAAGGCUCAGGCACUCACCCAGCGAACACAAGACUCAUUGAGACGGACACGGCUCAUUUUGUUGGUCCUGCUUCUGCUGGGAAUAUACGGCCUGUCCAGAACACCCUUUUUAUCAGUGCGAUUCCGAACCACAUCAGGCCUGGAUGCUGGCGUGGACCCGGUCCACUUGAAGAACGUCACAUUCGAGCAUGUAAAGGGCGUGGAGGAGGCCAAACAGGAGCUGCAGGAAGUAGUGGAGUUCCUCAGGAACCCGCAGAAGUUCACGGUGCUGGGCGGAAAGCUGCCUAAAGGUAUACUGCUUGUGGGCCCCCCAGGCACAGGGAAGACCCUGCUGGCACGGGCUGUUGCUGGGGAAGCGGAUGUGCCGUUCUACUAUGCCUCGGGGUCGGAGUUCGACGAGAUGUUUGUGGGUGUCGGAGCUAGCCGCAUCAGAAACCUUUUUAGGGAAGCAAAAGCCAACUCUCCUUGUGUGAUUUUUAUUGACGAGCUGGACAGCGUGGGCGGCAAGAGGAUAGAGUCCCCCAUGCACCCCUACUCCAGACAAACCAUAAACCAGCUGCUGGCAGAGAUGGAUGGGUUUAAACCAAAUGAGGGAGUCAUUGUCAUUGGAGCCACUAAUUUUCCAGAAGCCCUGGAUAAUGCUCUGAUCCGACCAGGAAGGUUCGACAUGCAAGUCACGGUGCCCAAACCAGAUGUGAAGGGGCGCACAGAGAUCCUGAAGUGGUACCUCCGGAAAAUUAAAGUAGAUUCUGCCAUCGAGGCAGAAGUCAUUGCCAGGGGAACGGUGGGCUUCUCAGGAGCCGACCUAGAGAACCUGGUGAAUCAGGCUGCUUUGAAGGCUGCAGUUGAUGGCAAGGACAUGGUCACCAUGAAGGAGCUGGAGUUUGCCAAGGACAAGAUCCUCAUGGGCCCCGAACGCAGGAGUGCAGAAAUUGACCAGAAGAACAAAACUAUCACAGCAUACCACGAGUCUGGGCAUGCCAUCGUGGCAUUUUACACCAGAGAUGCCAUGCCCAUCAACAAGGCUACCAUCAUGCCGAGGGGACCCACCUUGGGCCAUGUGUCCAUGCUCCCCGAGAAUGACCGCUGGAGCGAGACGCGCUCUCAGCUUCUGGCACAGAUGGACGUCAGCAUGGGUGGCAGGGUUGCCGAGGAGCUCGUUUUCGGGAGCGAGAACAUCACCACUGGUGCUUCAAGCGAUUUUGAUGAUGCUACAAAAAUAGCAAGAAUGAUGGUGACUCGGUUUGGAAUGAGUGAUAAGCUGGGUGUUAUGACAUACAGUGACGUGUCAAAGCAGAGUCCAGAGACGCAGGCGGCUGUCGAACAGGAAGUGAGAACGCUGCUCAAAGAGUCCUAUGAGCGCGCUAAACACAUCCUCAAGACACACAGCAAGGAGCACAAAAACCUGGCAGAGGCUCUGCUGAUGUACGAGACACUGGAUGCCAAAGAGAUCCAGAUGGUCCUGGAGGGGAAGACACUGGACACCAGAUGAUGCACUGAAAGUGUCUCCUGUUUGACCAAAGUGGAAAUCAGCUUGCCAUGUGGUUUUCAGGGGUGUGUCCUGAGGUGACCCUUCAGGACCGGAAUACUUGCCUGUACAGAAAAUACAGCCGCUUUAAACUUAAGUACAGCUGUGACUACAUAUAGCACUUUAUGUGGGAGGGAAAAUUUUAUGUAUUUAUAUUUUUUCAUUUUCAGAGGAAGAAAAACACUUGUGCUGAAGAUGCUUGGCUGCUUAGGGAAGCCAUUACCUUUUUCUUUCUGUAGACCUGGGAAUUUUUCAGGUCUGUUGACUUGUAACUGUGUAAAAGAUUUGUUGAUUGCUUCAAAAAAAAGACUGAUAUUUGUAUAUUGCAAGAAGCCAUAUCUGUGGGUUUAGGAUGGCAGUUAUCACCAUGGCAACAGUCCUUUCUUCAACAUUCACCCUCUGUGUAGUCAUAGAUGGUUGUACAUCAUUCUUAAUAUUCAUUCAAAUUGAUUCAUUAGGCCAAAGGUCUCAGCAUAGUUAUAAGAAUGAUGCUUACAGAUUUUUUUUUUUUUUUUAAGCAUACCAUAGUCUUCCAUUCAAUAUUUUUUGCAGUAUUCAGAAGUUUUGGUUAGGUGUAACAGUGGUAAAAGCUGUUGCAACCACUUGGCUGUCCUCAUUGAAGCGUGCAGUUGCUUAUGGAGUUUCUCAUCAGGUGCAUUACACAGGACCAUACAGUUUUAGUGUGAACCUCUUCAUAUUUAUAAAGUGUUCUGGCUUUAUUAUGUAGCUACAGGUUUCACAGCUGUAUUUUUUUUGUGCUCAGGUUUGGUGUAUAUACAUAUAGGACACAAUAGCAGAACUGUAAAUAAGUUGAAAGCGCAUCGGGUUGCUUAUGCACUGUAUAGUGUGUGUAAUUUACUUCAUUGUCCGAAAUGAAGAACAAGCAGGCAGACAUUCAAGAUUAAAUAGUCUUUAAU